AUGAAGGGAGUUGUUGUCCUACUAAUGCUGUCUCUGUGCCUCACACUGUCUGGGGCACAAGGUGAGGGGACCAGUUUAUCUUACUGUCAGCUUGACACCUGCUCGUUUAUCAGAGAGCUGACUGCGCUGAAGGAGAAACUGGAAACCAUGGACCAGAAACUAGGAGCUGUGGCGACCAGGCUACAAGUCAGCGAGAGCCAGGUGGACGAACUGAAGCGUGCGAACAAAGCUCAAGAAGAAGAACUGAAGAUAUUAAAGAAGGACAUAGCCGCUGGUCAGCCAAAGGUGGCCUUCUCCGCAGCUCUAAGAACAUCUGGUUCUGGUUACAUCGGACCCUUCACCACUGACAUACCCUUGCAGUACAAAAGAGUCUUCUCCAACUUCGGCAGUGGAUACAACCCUGCUACAGGCGUCUUCACAGCCAUGGUCAGAGGAGUGUACUAUAUCCGCUACACCAUGUUCUACAAUGGAAGCCCCAACGCUGUUGUGUCUUUGAUGAAGAACGAUGAGAAGCUCGUGUCCACAUGGGACGUCGGGUCAGGAAGUCAUGAAGAUUCCGCCAGCAACGCUGCCAUAGUGCAGCUGGAGGUGGGAGACAAUGUCUACGCCCAAGCUCUACGCUAA